UGCUCUCCGCCAAUGGGAGGCGCGCACGCGGCCGCCGCGCGUCGUCUCCAUGGAGAGAGGCGCAUUCCAGCCCCCCGCGCAGGCGCCAUGGAGCCGGGAGCCGGCACCUCCUGGGGGGUAGCUCUGACGGGCCAUGUGGGUCCCACAUGCCCUGGGGAGAGGUCACCGUGCCUGGGCAGGGUCCAGGGUGGUAUCCGCCUGCCUGAUGUGCCCAUGGAGAAGCUUCCAUGCCAUGAGGAGCCACUGACAGCCACCGCCAAGAGGCUCCAGGAGAUGUCGGACAUAGCCGAGGUGCCGGAGAUGCCCACUGAGCCGCCUGCUGAGGCUCUGCCACCCGUCCCCAGCCCUGAGCCAGCCCGAGAGACUGGGAAUGAUCCCUCUGAGAUCAAGCUGCCUCCCUGGCUUGGAAAGUGGGGAACGUGUCGCGAGGAGGUGCCGGUGGAGCCCCUCUCCCCACCAAAGCCAGCAGAGCAGCCCAGCCAGCCAGUGACCCGACGGGGCCGCGCGAUCCGCACCUGGCUGGGGGAGAAAGUCGUGGACCCCUUGAACUCUGGGCUGGGGCAGGAGCUAGGCAGUGAGGACUCCGCCCACCACCGCGGGUUCCAUGGACUGCCACUCCAUCAGUUCCUGUCCUCGCUCACUGACAGCUCCACCACGGACACCUACCGCCCGCCACACAGGGCCCUGCUGCUGCGGCAAGGGCUGCGGAAGGCCACACUGGCGUCCAUGCUCUACGAGAAAUACAGUAAGGAGACGGAGGAGGAGAUCCGUCCCCGCCCGCAGCCCAUGGAGUCUGUCUCCACCACGCACCGGGACUACGCUGCCAGGGGCUUCCAGCCCACACCUCCAUCCAUCACUCAGCCCCACAACUACUUGACAGAGCAGCCAACCAGCUUCUGGCUGGAGCAAGCCCGUGGACUACCGGGUGUCACUGCCCUCUUCAGCAGAAACAUUCCCUUCAAGAGGAACGCAACCUUCUCCACUCCCAUCACUGUGUACCUAGGGCCACCCCACCCCUGCGACCCAUUGAGCAGCGAGCCCCAGACCUUCAAGGAUUAAAAAGCAAGGAGACACAGAUGGUCCCGGCCUCCUUGCCACCCCAA